CAAAAGAAGGGCACCCCUAAUUUACAAAUUGUAGAUGUUAUUUCCUAAGUCUAAAACGAUGUGAACAGUAAAAAAGGACAUUCUUAACAUAACAUUAGUAAAACAUUGAAUAGUUUAACAUAAAGAAUGGCAGCAGCAUUUCAACAGCAAAUAUUUGCUCUGGAUGCCCGUUUCAAUGCUUACCGGGCACCAAACAAUCCUAAUUUCAAGACAUUAUACAUAAGAAGAAGAAGUCAACUCCUAAGAGAAAACGCAAAAUUCAAGGACAUAGAUACCAUAAAAAAGUACUUGAAUCUUAGAAGUCAGCUACUCCAAAGACGCUAUGGUGUUCAGGAUAAUAUAUCAAUAAGUUCUGCCUCAUCCCGGGCAAGAUCCAGCAGUAAGGCUAGUUUGGCUAUUGAUGAUGUAUCUACAAAUACUGGCAAGAAAAAGAAUGAUUUAACUAUAUCAGAAAACUAUGCCUUUUCUGGAGUUCACCACAUAUUUGAUCAGCAUACUGAACAAGUGAGUGUGGUGAAGUUUGCAAACAAUGACAGGUCAAAACUAUGUUGUGCGUCAGAUGAUGGGACUGUGUCAAUAUGUGAUGUGACCGCAACACCACCAAAAGUCAGUUUCAUACUUGAAGGGCACACCAAAGCAGUUACAGGCUGCGACUGGUCUGCCUCCAACGAGUUGCUGGUAACGUGUGGGGCAGACGGCGCGCUCUGUUUGUGGGAGAUACCUCACCGGAGGCGUUUACGAACUGUCCGCGACCAACUCAACGCGCCGCUUCUGUGCUGCGUGUUCCAGCCCUCUAAUAACAACAUGGUCAUUGCUGGUAAUGCCAGAGGCAUGGUUGCAGUUCUCAAUAUUUCUACUGGAAUCUACCCUAGAGGUGGUAGCAGUAUCCUCGGAGGUCGUGUGUUGUCGAUUGCCUGUGAGUCCAGCGGCCGCAUGUUCUGGGCAGCCAAUGAUAAGGGUGUGAUAGUGAGCUACCGUAUGGAGGGCGCCGGGUGUGUAAGCAAACUGCGGCGAUUUUGUGUGGGCGGCGCCGUCACCUGCCUCAGUUGGAGCCCGUGGCUAGCCAGACAUCCCGCCCUGCUGGCCAGCGCGGCCGACAACACGCUCUACCUAUUCAGGAUAGCAGACCGCGACGGGAGCUUGUGUCUAAAGAAGCGUUUCGGCACCGCGCACAGCGAGCACAGCGUCAAGUCGACGUUCUGUCCGAUCAUGUCGUUCCGGCGCGGCGUGUGCGUCGUCACGGGCGGCGAGGACGCCUGCGUGUACUUCCUGGACAUCGAGGGCCACGCGGGACAACCGGUCGUCAACAAACUGCAAGGGCACGCGUCGCCGGUGCUUGGAGUCAGCUUCAGCUACGAUGAGAGUCUGCUGGCCACCAGCGACGUGUCCGGCCUCGUCAUCAUCUGGCGUAGGAGUUGACCCACUUCUUUACUGGACUCGGGGGCGUAUUUUUCCUAGGGAGAGGGGCAGUAGAGACCUCAUAAAGGCAUUCGUUAUUCUUGGCCUAUAUUUUAUUUUGAUUUACUAAUUCUAGGAGGGUGGGGUUUAAUUCGUAAGGACAGGUCCACGGCGCCACAUUUAAAAUUCGCCCCUUACAGGACUAAAGAAUGCUACGACUAUGCGAAAUCCAGUCGGCAAUAAUAUGAUUUCUAAGGACGAGCUCAAAUUUGUGCGAUUAGAAAAGCUAUUGAAAAAAAAUCCAAAUAGUUUUUAGGGUCGUGCAGAACUCCAAUAUAUAUUCCAAUGAUACCGAGUGUUAUGAGCAUGUAAAGUGAAACCGUAGUCAUCAUAAUGAAUAAAUAAUGACAAAUAUGAAUAAACAUGUUGGCGAAUUAAUGAAAUAAAAAUAUAUGAAUCUCAGUUAUCAGUUUUAUUUUAACUAAGAGUAAUCACAAUGAAAUGUUUGCCAAUUUUUGAAACUACCAAAAGGUAACCCUGUUGAUGUGGCUGUUCAUCUGAUCAUACCACGAGUGUUUGAGUGCACAAACAAGUUUGGCUCGUUGGCGUUGGUGCCGGUUGCACCUGUAGUCGUUACACCCAAUAAUCCACUCUGUUCUGCGUGGUGGGUCAUAGCAUAGCCUUGACCAGCGCCGCCCAUUUCCCAUCGAGAUCCCCACCGUUCUGUGCAAGUUUAUUGAACAACCCUAAGGAUCGUGAGCAGUUGUUAUAAUGAACGGUAUUUGAGAAGCGCUUUCUGUGAAAAAUCUUUAUUCUGAGGAGUAUAUAAAAAUCAUUUAUUUCAGGUAAAAUAGCCAUAGUGUAGUU